AACAAUAACUAGCUGAGAUGAAGUAGCAGAGAUGUUCACAAAGUAGCAUAAAACAGUAUCACAAGAUAGAGAGAUCAGUUAUUGUUUCGAGCUCUUACCUUUGUUGGAGUCAUAAGAUUAUCAUUCUGACUAGUAACACAAGAAUUAGGUCCUCCCCAGGGAUGAAAUCAGAAGGGACCUCUGGUGUUCUCCGUCUUAACGUUCCAGUGCCACCGGCGGUGUUGACAUAUUUUCCAUAUGGUACAGGGAGCGGCUCUGGGAAGGAGGACAUGAAACAGGAUGUUAUACGACUUGGAGUUGAGCUCUCUGUGUAUGUCUCUGAAUCUAUGUUCUUGCUCUGUGAUGACAUCCGUACUAUGUUAUGUUUCUGCGCUACGUUAUGGAGAUGUGUUAUGCCUUACCAGGAUCACGUCUUACAAAGGCUGCUUCUUGUUAUGCAUUAUGUCUACUCCACAUAUAUCAAACCCAAGAACCUAGUGUAUCAUGAUGGUGGCAACUCGGUCCAAUGGGGAUUGAUCCGGACUACUUGGGAGCUUUUUGUUGACGGAAUCAUCGUUUUGCAUCGCCUUGUUUUGGUUCUCAGUAGAAAAGAUUGCUCUUUUGAUGAUCGAGUACUAUCCUCGGCUUUUGCAAAAUACAAGCAAGUCCUCAAGAAUCUAGAGGUUAAAUUGAGUUCCACAAAGGAUGUUUCUGAGGCUAAUGGGUUUGUGAGGGAGACCAUUGAGUCUAACAUUUUUGACCUGUGGAAGUCUCUCUUCGAUGAAGAAGCUGGCGAAGCGGCACCCCAAGUGAUCAGGACUAGGAUUUCUACCGACCUGUUUACGCCUCUUUUAUGCAAACCAAUCCAUAGAGAGAUGCUGGCACUGUCUCCACAUUCUCCUUACAUUUUAGGCUUUGAUUUUGCAAAGCAGGAGCUGAAAGAGGAGGUUGUGCGACUUGGAGUUGAGCUCUCCCUAUAUGUGGCUGAAUCGAUGUAUUUGCUGAGUGAUGACAUUCGUAGCAUGUUGCGGUUCUGCUUGAAGUUAUGGAGAGAUGCAAAAGGAGACGUGUUGAUUCCUGAUAGUCCCGUGGUGGAAAGGCUGCUUCUUGCUAUUCAUUAUGUCUACUCAAAAGAUAUCAAACCCAAGCAUGGAGGAGUGUAUCAGAAUGAUGGCAAAUCUGUCCAGUGGGAAUUGAUCAGGACCACUUGGGAGAAUUUUGAUGCUGGAAUCAGAGAUCUGGAUCGCCUUGUUUUGAUUCUCAGAGGAGAAGGAACCUGUUUUGAUGGCAGAGAGUUCACGUCUAGAAUUGAAGAAGCACUGAAGAAGGUAGAUGACAAGUUGAGAUGUGCCAAGGCUGUUUCAGAGGCGAAAGGGUUUGCGAGAGAAGCUAUGGAGACUGACAUCGGUGACUUGUGGAAGUCUCUCUUUGACAAAGAAGCUAAGGAAGUGAUGAAGCAUGAGAUUUUUUGGGACCUGUUUCUCCCUCUAUGUAUGGAGGCAGUACCACAUUAACAAACUGCUAGUAGGGGAUAAGAGGUUUGAUCUGCGAGGAGAUUUUUUUGAUUUGGGGUAACGUCUUGAUGAGGUUCUUCUGACCAAAUCCAUUGUAUUGUUGGAGAAUAUACAAACAAAAAGUAGAGGCGCAGGAGUUUACUAUUGCAAGUAAGGAGGUUUUGUCUUCUUUACUACAUAUAGUUUUUGCUUUGCCAUCAACUGAAUUCUUUGGAAUUUGUAUGUUUUCAUGUCUCAUUUGUUUGGUUUAUGCCAUCUGAGGGAUUGUGUAAAGCUUUUCUCUUGUUUUAGUUUGUCUGUCUUGUCUCUGCAGGAUGACUAAAGUACUGUUUAGAGG